CACGCUGUUAGACCGCUAAACGCAUGUGCCUUGUGACCGAAAAAAAUCGCGUGGACUUUGUGUACGGAUCUGUCAUGCUUGUGGACUGAUGAGAUGACAAGACAUAUUUGGAUCAACAAUUCGAGAGUCGCAUCUCACAACACAAUCAACGACACGAAAAAAGGGAGAAACGACAUCUGAUAUCAAAUGCAAUUUGCAACCACGACCCGAGAAUAAUGGGAUUAACAAGCCUUCACGCAAAUGAACAAAAGUAAUUUUGACAUGAACACUCGUCGAAUCUAGUUUUGAAGAUCAGUUAUGUUUUGACAAUGGCAACGAGAUAUUUGUCAAACCAUGUUGUACGCAAUAGAACGAUGGGGUUAUCGUAUCUUAUUAAAAUCAUAGUUGCAGUAGCAGCUGUAGUUGCUACUGCCAGCAGUGAAUCAAAUCGCAAAUUCGACUUAGCCAAAGGUAUGAAGCUGCUGGAAACAGUGUCAGGAAGUUAUUUCAGUGACGUUUAUCAUAAUGGGACAUUUACAACUGGGAAUUUAUUGUGGGACAACAUUUUGAACCAGUGUGCAGUGAAGCCCUCAGUGAGUUGUUUUCAAAAAAAUGUGUAUUCGUAUUUGGACGAGAGACUAGAGUUAAAUGGUGAUGUGAAAUUAACUAAUAGUGUGAGUUUUGAGAAGAACAAUGUUGAUGUGCAUAAGUAUAGUAAGGAAGCGAACAUGAUCUACCUCAGUGGGAGUAAGGAUGCUGAAAAACAAAGGCAGCUCGAUCAAGAAAAUGAAAUCGACGAUGAGGAUGAACCAGAAUCGCCAUUAGAAGAAAUAACAGACGCGCUCUACGAUAAAUCUGUAAAGUUCUUAGUAAGUCACGACAUGAAGCUACAGCUGCCUGAAUACUUUUUCCACGGGGCGACCCUGAAGGUGUCGCCCAGAGCUAUGACGAAGACUGGUGCGCUAGUACAUGUGGAGUUGGAGACAAAAGAGAACGAGAAUGGGCAGGGCAGGAUAUUCUUCCAUAAGAUCAAAAAGUACAUCAAGAAGAAGCUAGUAUCUGCGGCCAUAGCAAUAAUAUUAGUUGUAAAACUAAUUGCACUGAAAUUGAUCUUCGUCCUUCCUUUGAUUUUGGGAGUAACUACAGCGAAGAAGAUGUUCCUGAAAUUACUACUAUUCUUGUUCCCGGCGUUAAGUCAUAUAUUUAAGCUUUGUUCGUGGUACCAUCAGAAUUACCACACGACAAAAUACCACCACCAUCACCAUCUUAUAACGCAUCAUCACAAGGUGCCCCAUCCACCGGUCUAUAGUCAUUCGUCUCACGGGUCCGCCCACAUCAGACCCCACGGACACGGCUCGGCUCCAGCGUUUGAACACUAUCCUCAAGACUGGGAGCUAUCAGGACCGGGACUGGGCAGUGAGUAUCUAGCAUCAGAUAUACACCGUAACGCAAUAGCAAACUUUAAACCACAUAUAAACGACGCGAACGACAUCAACGCAUGGGGGCUCGGAGCACCACCAGGACAAUCGAUGAACGUCGGUGAAUUUGGAAGUACUAAUUUAGUUCCUAAAGUGGUGACACCAAAUGGUCAACGAGUACCUAUUGGAAAUAGCGGACGACCAGUGGGGCCUCCGAAUCCUUAUAUUCGAGCAAAGAAAACAACACCCAAGGACGCCUACGAAGUUGAAAAAGAUGCAUUGAUACGUGCCGCGUCACUCGCAGCGACCGCCCCACCUUCAUCAAUAAGAGAUGAAAUACUCCGCGUAACAGCAGUCAAGUUACAAGAAACCAAUAGAGUGAAAACCGAAACUGAUUUAGUGAAGCAGCAACAAGAAAUAAUAGCGGCUUCUGAUCCUGAUACCAUAGCAGCGGAGAAAUUCUACGGAUCGCUAUUAGAGAAAGUGGACGCUAUAUUAACGUCAAUUGGAGCAAGUGAUGCCGGGUGCAGGGAAAGGGCUAUUUGCUCGCUCUACGGAGAUCCCUUCAAACAUGCACCUUACAGCAAUCUUGUCUCCAACGAGCUUAGCAAGGACUCGAACGAGCUAGUUCCAGCUGCUGACAGCAAACAGGCUCUCCGAUACUACAGAUACGUGCAAGCAGCCAGAGACGGACAGGAACAGAAGGAUUGUCUAUCAACCUACCCGCACUGCAAUAUUGAUUAUAACAGAGCAUAAAAUAAUUCGAAAAUAUGACUAUUAUAAUCCUUCUAAAAUACUGUCAAUGCAUCUCACUGGCGAAAUCGAUUUAACAAAGCAUGAAGGAAUUCGAAAAUAUUACUUAAAUGCUAUUAAAAUGAGUAUAGAAACUUUAUGCACAUCAUAGACUGAAGAAGGUACUGCAAGAAAAAUAUAAAAUAAUAUUUUUAGAAAUACAAUAUUUCAUGUAAAAAAAAAUACAUAUUUAAACCAUGGCGUAUACGCAACUUGGAAAGUUAAUAAUUGAACUCAUGAUUUAAAAAAAAUUUAUAAAUAUUAUUAUAUUUAGAGACCAUUAUUAUGUAGCAUAAUAACUUUUAACCGAAAAAUUGUCUUUAAAAGUGUUUUUGGAAAAAUAAAUAUUUUUAUACCCAUGGGCCAUGACAGUUGAAUACUUAUAUACAACAUUAAUUAUGGUUUUAAAAUUACUUAGAUUUAAAGGAAGAAAUAAUUAUUGUCUCUUUUAAAAAGGCGAAGCCAUCGAUAUCCUAACAUUAUAAUUAAUUUAUUUUUAAUUUUUCUUAUUACGUAGUCUGCCUUGCAUUUAUAAUGUCUAAGAAUAGUUUAUUUUGCAGCUACUUCCAAAAUGUAGGUUUAGGUAGUAGUUCAUACCUAUGUACUUACAACCUUAGUUUAGUGUAAUUAUGAUCUAGAAUCAGGUGGAAUCAUUAGAUAUUUUAAUAUGUUGGUUUCGGAGAUUAGAAAAAGUCCCCUAGAAGAAGGAAAAUAAGGACUUCGAGCAACAAUUAAACAGCCUUACUAUUCCUUUUUUAUUUAUUUUUUUCUAAAUUAUGCCACGUGAUCUUAACGGCUAGCCUGGCAAAUUUCAAUGCAAUUUAAUUGUUGCCUAGAAAUAAAUGUCAUUAUAAGAAAGAUUGGAAUUCAAGUAGGCCAAAUAAGCUUUUAUCACUGGAUAUUAUGCGUAUAUCUCAGCUCAAUAUUUGAAUAUAAUUUGUAUAAAUUUAGAAUUUCACCUAUCCGCCUUUUUAUAGGUCAUCUAAAAACUUGACUAACUUCGAUUGAAUUCAUAUGACUGUGUUAUAAAGAAAAACUUUUAAAAAUCUCAGCUACAAGGCAUUCAUAGUGACGAUUAAAGCAGAAAAUUAAAAUAAUUCAUUUGAUUUAUUUAAUAUUUGUGUAUAAAUAAUAACUAAAAGAAAUUGUUCACGUGAAAUAAGUUUUUGUUUUUAUAAAAGGAUUGUCAAAAAAAGUAAAUUUCACCUACCAAGCAUCCAUUGAAACUGUUCUGGCAUAAAAUUGAAACAAUUUAAUUGAUUUUAUUUACAUUUUGUUUUUAUAAAUAAUAACCAGAAGCAAAUCGUUCAUGUAAAAUACGUAUUUGUUUUUUUUACAAAUGAAUCUCUCGAAGUAAGUCCUCAAUAAAUUAUUUAAUUUGUUUUAGAGAAAUCCAGUCACUAGGACAUUAGUAUUUAUUUAUUUAUUGAUUAACCUAAACAAGGUAGUGCUCAAUUAGAUUAAAAUAAUGCUGUAUACAUUAACGAUUUAUACGAACAAACCUAAAAAAAUCUUACUCUAUAUAAAUGUAGGCCAGAAAUUUAUAAAAAUAAAUUAUUGGAGUAUGCUUAAAUUGAUCUUAUUCAAAGAAAUUACAGACGUAUAUUCAUUAAAAUAAUUAGAUUCUUGUAUAAAUUUGUUAAUGUGCACAGUAUAAUUUGAAAAGGGAAUAAAUUUGUAAAA